AUGACGAUCGCAGUUCGACGUGACGAGACAUGUGUUUGUCGAAAUAGUCUUCGUGUACUCUUCAGGCAUUUCAUUUACGAGGGUACGGGCUUCGGCAGGGUGCUGGACGACAACACAUUUCUGCAAUAUUUGGAAAACUUUCGUAAUGUGACAGUGAUUCUACUGCUAAUGCUAACGUUCAGCGGACAAUUUUCGGCGUCAUUAAAUUUUAUCGCUGCGGUAAUGGACUUCAUGAACAUGGACCAGAUGCGUGUACGCAAUGUGCUACUCAUCCAACGCUACACAGAAUCGAUGUUUUUCGUCGCUAAUUUGGCGACCUGCAUUGAACGAAGCGUAGCUGUUUUGGCAGUAUCUUCAUAUGAGAAAUAUAUUUCACGUUUCAUUUCAGUCUCCAUUGUGAUAGCUGUGGUUUUCACAUCAUCUGGUGCUGCUACAUUUCUUAUUGUGUUUAUGGAUAUGUACCAGGAUAGUACGCUAAAACUUGUGUACUACAUAUCCUAUUCACUUCUUUACUUUCUGAUUGCACUGUCUGUGCGAGUCUAUAGGAGCUGUUUUAGACGAGAAACAGAGGUUAUUUCCCUUCAAGAUAAGUUUCAACACAAAGAAAACUGCAGAUCAGCUCCGAUAUACACUUAUAUCGCAAUAAGUGAAGUUCUUGCAACAAUACUUAUAGUUGCUUUUGUUAUGCUUAUUGAUGAUGGUUUACGUAGAAGAGAUUUCAGAUUAGUUGGUUACGCAGUUCGUGCUAGUGAAAUCGUAUCUGCUAACCGCCUUCUCUGCAUCAACUUUGUUAUUUUUUAUAAUUGUUUCCUGUGGAUGCGUCAUCAAAGGCGAGCAGUUGUGGAUAAUACGGAUGCAAUGACGAUAAUUACUGCACAAUCGAGGAAACCACACACAGACAAGUUGAUCACCGAUCAAUUUCUGGCUGCCGAACUUGACGAGGUCGAAAAAUUACUCAAGGAAGGCGAGAAGAUCCCAUACGAGAUGGAAAUUCGUUGGAGAAAUGUAAUACUAUUUGCCGCACUGCACGUUGGAGCUCUGAUCGGAUUCUAUCAACUUCUUUUCGUUGCCAAAUGGCCAACGGUCUUCUGGUCAUUCUUCCUGCAUGUGGUAGGAGCGAUCGGUGUAACAGCUGGAGCUCAUCGUCUAUGGUCUCAUAGAGCCUAUAAGGCUAACCUUCCUUAUCGGAUUCUUCUGAUGAUUAUGGAUACUACGGCGUUCCAGAAUGACAUCAUUGAAUGGGCCAGAGAUCAUCGAUGCCAUCACAAAUGGACAGAUACCCACGCCGAUCCGCAUAACACCAAUCGAGGAUUUUUCUUCUCGCAUAUGGGCUGGCUACUAGUAAACAAGCAUCCGCAGAUCAAAGAACAAGGGAAGAAACUUGAUCUUUCGGAUUUGUACGCUGAUCCCGUACUGAUGUUCCAAAGAAGGUACUACCUCACAUUGGUUAUCUUAUUGUGUUUUCUUCUUCCAACAGCCGUUGCAGUUCGGUUUUGGGGUGAAUCGCCGUUCGUUGCAUUCUAUACUGCGGCGCUUUUCCGAUACUGCUUCCUUCUUCACUCUACAUGGUUCAUUAAUAGCGUUGCUCACAUGUUCGGCUACAAACCUUACGAUUCUCGUAUCACACCCGUUGAAUCGGUGUGGACAUCAGUUACAGCAGUCGGUGAAGGUGGACAUAAUUUCCACCACACCUUCCCACAGGACUAUCGUGCUUCUGAAUAUUCACUGAAGCUGAACUGGACGUGCAUUUUCAUCGACGCAUUUGCCGCCAUUGGUUGGGUGUACGACCGGAAAUCCGUCUCCGAAGAAUAUAUUCGACGACAGUGCUCGAAAUAUGGGGACCCGGAUAAGCGGAAUAAAUGGUCAUCUCAUUUUUGA